AUGACCACUCACGUCACGCUAGAGGAUGCCUUGUCCAACGUGGACUUACUGGAGGAGCUGCCUCUUCCAGACCAGCAGCCAUGCAUCGAACCGCCUCCGUCCUCCAUCAUGUACCAGGCUAAUUUUGACACAAACUUUGAAGACAGAAAUGCCUUUGUGACCGGCAUUGCCAGGUACAUCGAGCAGGCAACAGUGCACUCCAGCAUGAAUGAAAUGCUGGAAGAAGGCCACGAGUACGCUGUGAUGCUUUACACGUGGAGGAGCUGCUCACGAGCCAUCCCUCAGGUCAAAUGUAACGAACAGCCAAACCGAGUGGAGAUUUAUGAGAAGACGGUGGAAGUCCUGGAGCCAGAAGUCACCAAGCUUAUGAAGUUCAUGUAUUUUCAGCGCAAAGCUAUCGAGCGGUUCUGCAGCGAGGUGAAGCGCCUGUGCCAUGCUGAGCGGAGGAAGGACUUCGUCUCCGAGGCCUAUCUCCUUACACUGGGCAAAUUCAUUAACAUGUUCGCUGUCCUGGAUGAGCUGAAGAACAUGAAGUGCAGCGUCAAAAAUGACCAUUCUGCCUACAAAAGGGCUGCUCAGUUUCUGAGGAAGAUGGCAGAUCCCCAAUCCAUCCAGGAGUCCCAGAACCUCUCCAUGUUUCUGGCAAACCACAACCGCAUCACACAGUGUCUGCACCAACAACUAGAGGUUAUCCCUGGCUAUGAAGAAUUGCUGGCUGAUAUUGUCAACAUCUGUGUGGAUUACUAUGAAAACAAGAUGUAUCUCACUCCCAGUGAGAAACACAUGCUCCUAAAGGUGAUGGGGUUUGGCCUGUAUCUCAUGGAUGGGAAUGUCAGCAACAUUUACAAGUUGGAUGCCAAGAAGAGAAUCAACCUUAGCAAAAUAGACAAAUUCUUCAAGCAGCUGCAGGUGGUUCCUUUAUUCGGCGAUAUGCAGAUAGAACUGGCCAGAUACAUUAAGACCAGUGCUCACUAUGAGGAGAACAAAUCCAAGUGGACGUGCACUCAGAGCAGUAUAAGUCCUCAGUACAACAUCUGUGAGCAGAUGGUCCAGAUCCGAGAUGACCACAUCCGCUUCAUCUCAGAGCUCGCUCGCUACAGCAACAGCGAGGUGGUCACUGGCUCAGGACUGGACAGCCAGAAAUCAGAUGAAGAAUACAGGGAGCUCUUUGAUCUUGCUUUACGGGGAUUGCAGCUGCUGUCCAAGUGGAGUGCCCACGUCAUGGAAGUGUACUCUUGGAAGCUGGUUCAUCCCACAGAUAAAUUCUGUAAUAAAGAUUGCCCAGGAACAGCAGAAGAGUAUGAGAGAGCCACCCGGUACAAUUACACCAGUGAAGAGAAGUUUGCCUUUGUAGAGGUAAUUGCCAUGAUCAAAGGUCUUCAAGUGCUGAUGGGCCGGAUGGAGAGUGUCUUUAACCAAGCCAUCCGCAACACUAUCUAUGCAGCCCUGCAGGACUUUGCCCAGGUGACCCUGCGGGAGCCACUCAGGCAGGCUGUCAGGAAGAAGAAGAAUGUUCUCAUCAGCGUCCUUCAGGCAAUUCGGAAGACAAUCUGUGACUGGGAGGGAGGUCGAGAGCCUCCAAAUGAUCCUUGCCUGAGAGGUGAGAAGGAUCCUAAAGGCGGAUUCGAUAUUAAAGUCCCACGACGAGCAGUAGGACCAUCAAGUACGCAGCUUUACAUGGUGCGGACCAUGCUGGAAUCCCUGAUAGCAGACAAGAGUGGCUCAAAGAAGACCCUAAGGAGCAGCUUGGAUGGGCCCAUAGUCUUGGCCAUUGAGGAGUUCCACAAGCAGUCCUUCUUCUUCACCCACCUCCUCAACAUCAGCGAAGCACUGCAGCAGUGCUGCGACCUGUCCCAGCUCUGGUUCCGCGAAUUCUUCCUGGAGCUGACCAUGGGCCGCCGCAUCCAAUUCCCCAUCGAAAUGUCCAUGCCCUGGAUCCUCACGGACCAUAUUCUGGAAACCAAAGAACCCUCCAUGAUGGAGUAUGUUCUCUACCCAUUGGACCUCUAUAAUGACAGUGCAUACUAUGCCUUGACCAAGUUCAAAAAGCAGUUCCUAUACGAUGAAAUUGAAGCUGAAGUGAAUUUGUGUUUUGAUCAAUUUGUGUACAAGCUGGCAGAUCAGAUCUUUGCCUAUUACAAAGCAAUGGCUGGCAGUGUUUUAUUGGACAAACGUUUCCGGGCUGAAUGUAAGAAUUAUGGGGUGAUUAUUCCAUACCCACCAUCCAAUCGCUAUGAAACACUGCUCAAGCAGAGGCAUGUCCAGUUGCUGGGUAGGUCAAUUGAUCUGAACAGGCUCAUAACCCAGCGUAUCUCAGCGGCGAUGUACAAAUCGUUAGACCAGGCUAUUAGCCGCUUCGAGAGCGAGGACCUGACUUCCAUAGUGGAGCUGGAGUGGCUCUUGGAAAUAAAUCGCCUGACGCACAGGUUGCUGUGCAAGCACAUGACUUUGGACAGCUUUGAUGCCAUGUUCCGGGAGGCCAACCACAACGUCUCCGCGCCCUAUGGGCGCAUCACCCUCCACGUCUUCUGGGAGCUCAACUUCGAUUUUCUACCCAACUACUGCUACAAUGGAUCCACCAACAGGUUUGUGAGGACAGCGAUCCCGUUCACACAGGAACCCCAGAGGGACAAGCCAGCCAAUGUUCAGCCGUAUUAUCUCUACGGAUCCAAGCCUCUCAACAUUGCCUAUAGUCACAUCUAUAGCUCGUACCGCAAUUUUGUGGGGCCUCCUCACUUCAAGACAAUCUGCAGGCUUCUUGGCUAUCAAGGCAUCGCGGUAGUCAUGGAAGAGCUGUUGAAGAUCGUCAAAAGCCUGCUACAAGGCACCAUCCUGCAGUAUGUGAAGACUCUGAUCGAAGUAAUGCCCAAGAUAUGCCGCUUGCCAAGACAUGAAUAUGGCUCUCCAGGAAUCCUGGAGUUUUUCCACCAUCAGCUGAAGGACAUCAUUGAGUAUGCAGAGCUGAAGACUGACGUGUUCCAGAGCCUCAGAGAAGUGGGCAAUGCCAUUCUCUUCUGCCUUCUUAUCGAGCAGGCUUUGUCCCAGGAAGAAGUUUGUGAUUUGCUGCAUGCUGCUCCCUUCCAAAAUAUUUUGCCCAGGGUCUACAUCAAAGAAGGAGAACGCUUGGAGGUGCGCAUGAAGCGUCUCGAAGCCAAGUAUGCCCCACUUCACCUGGUUCCCUUAAUAGAGAGGCUGGGCACUCCGCAGCAAAUAGCCAUUGCCCGGGAGGGUGACUUGCUGACCAAGGAGCGGUUGUGCUGUGGACUGUCCAUGUUCGAGGUGAUCCUGACACGAAUUAGGAGCUACCUGCAGGACCCCAUCUGGCGUGGGCCACCCCCGACGAAUGGUGUCAUGCACGUGGACGAAUGCGUGGAGUUUCACCGGCUCUGGAGUGCCAUGCAGUUCGUGUACUGCAUCCCUGUGGGCACCAACGAGUUCACUGCAGAGCAGUGCUUUGGAGAUGGUCUGAACUGGGCAGGUUGCUCUAUCAUUGUUCUCCUUGGACAGCAACGGCGCUUUGACCUUUUUGACUUCUGCUACCACCUCCUGAAAGUGCAGAGACAGGAUGGGAAGGAUGAAAUCAUAAAAAACGUGCCCUUGAAGAAGAUGGCUGACAGGAUCAGGAAGUAUCAGAUCCUGAACAACGAGAUUUUUGCCAUCCUGAACAAGUACAUGAAGUCAGUGGAAACAGACAGUUCCACAGUGGAGCACGUCCGCUGCUUCCAGCCUCCAAUCCACCAGUCGCUGGCCACCACCUGCUAG